UAUAUCGCUACACUUGCCCCUUUUGAUAAGCAUUGCAUCAUGGAUAGUCUUUCCAGCGCGGCAAGCGUCAUUGCUAUCAUUGACAUAUCCGCUAAAAUUACCUUGCUCUAUUUCAAGUAUUCAGUCGCCGUGAAGGAUGCGAAGAAGGACAUUGAAUGCAGUAAAAGGACAAUUGCUCAUAUCACGGGCCUUGUUAAGAAGAUCAAGCAGCUAUCGGACGGACGAGACAAAGCACGGCUUUCUACCACUUGCGGGUUAUCUGGGUCACUCAAGGGAUAUUUUCAAGGGCUAAAAGAGGUAAAGGAACAGCUAGAGCCGGGGGAGUGUCACAAAGCCAUGAGCCGGCUCGGACCGGGCACUCUUAAGAUGGUCAUUUACGAGCAAGCAGGUCGAAAAUAUCGUUUCUGGACUAGAAAGAUACGAGCAGACCUUUGCCCUCCGCUCCAAGUUGAUUAG